GGCCUCCGCGUCAGCGCCACCAUUUUGUGUGAGGGAAUGCCGCCUGCUUCCUAGACUGGCCUGGGCGCGGGUUCGGCUCCCCGGCCGCUGCGUGCCGAGCCCCCUCCCCACCCCUCCCCUCCCGCAGCGCCCCACCUGGAGCCCGGCCGCGCUCGCUCGUCGCCCGGGCUCGGUGGAAAGCGGACCUGGUGAGGCGGCGCGCUCCGGCGUUGAGGCUCGGGUUCAGCCAGCCACGCAGGUGGCCUCGGGAGAUGCUCUCACCACCUCCCUUGCAUUUAACCUCCUUGGAAUAGAGGAUGGCAUUCCCUGUGGAUAUGCUGGAUAAUUGCAGUCAUGAGGAAUUGGAAAAUUCUGCUGAAGAUUAUAUGUCAGAUCUAAGGUGUGGGGACCCUGAAAACCCCGAACGUUUUUCUCUUCUCAAUAUCACGAUUCCUAUUAGCCUGUCCAAUGUAGGCUUUGUACCUCUUUACGGUGGAGAUCAGACUGAGAAAAUUCUUGCUCUCUUUGCACCUGAGGACUCACUCACAGCUGUGGCACUUUACCUUGCUGAUCAGUGGUGGGCCAUUGAUGAUAUUGUGAAAACAUCUGUCCCUUCUAGAGAAGGGCUGAAGCAGGUGAGAACUCUUGGGGAGAGAGUGGUUCUGUAUGUUCUGAAUCGAAUUAUUUAUAGAAAACAGGAAAUGGAGAGAAAUGAGAUACCAUUCCUGUGCCAUAGCAGUACCGAUUACGCUAAGAUUCUGUGGAAGAAAGGAGAGGCCAUUGGGUUUUAUUCAGUUAAGCCUACAGGAAGUGUAUGUGCCUCAUUUCUUACCCAAAGCUACCAACUGCCAGUCCUUGAUACAAUGUUUGUAAGAAAGAAAUACCGAGGCAAAGAUUUUGGGCUUCAUAUGCUGGAGGACUUUGUUGAUUCCUUUACAGAAGAUGCGCUUGGCUUGCGGUAUCCACUCUCCUCUCUAAUGUACACAGCUUGCAAGCAGUACUUUGAAAAAUAUCCAGGAGAUCAUGAACUCCUUUGGGAAGUUGAAGGUGUUGGACACUGGUACCAGCGAAUACCAGUCACGAGAGCAUUACAAAGAGAAACACUUAAAAUGACAGCAGUUUCUCAAAAUGAAGCUAAAAGACCUAUGCCUGGAGAAUAUGGUCUUGCAUCUGUUCCAGAAUAUGAAGCAGAAACUGAAGACAAUCAGUCUAGUGAGAUGCAGCUAACGAUUGACUCUCUAAAAGAUGCCUUUGCAAGUACUUCUGAAGGUCAUGAUAAAACACCAGUUUCCACUCGUACUCGGAGUAGUCAUCUAAAGCGGCCAAAGAUUGGAAAGCGGUUUCAGGAUUCUGAAUUUACUAGUUCACAAGGAGAAGAUGAAAAGACUCCCCAGACUUCACCUACAGCUUCCAUAAACAAAUUGGAGUCUGCUGUACGUACAUCAGAGAGCUCAGAAGAAUUCCUGGAAGAAGCACCCGAACAAAGCAUGAUUGAAUUUGAGGACGAAAAUAGUGAUAAGGAUGCUGGGCCUGCACCAGAAACCCAGGCACAUCCGGAAAAGCAAGAUGGGGAAAAGGAAUCUGAAUUAGAGCCUAUGAAUGGUGAGAUAAUGGAUGAUACCCUUAAGGCCUCACUUACAACGGAAGAGGAGGACUCCACUAGUGAAGUUCUAGAUGAAGAAAUAAAACUGCAGUCUUUUAAUUCCAGUGAAGACUCUGCAACUCUUGUUCCAUUGGUGGUAGAAUCUUCUAAACCCCCUGAGACUGUUGCGCAGGAUAAGACCUCACAUAUAACUGACUCAGAAAUGUUGCUAGACGAAGGCCCAUCUGAUGAAAAAGGGCACACUGAAGAGAAACUACCACUAGUUUCCAGAAAGAAAGCACAUUUUGGGAGUUCAGACAAUGUUGGCACUGUCCCAAAUGAAGAACGCUCUGACAGUGGUUUUCCAAACUCUGUGAUAGCUGAGUUUUCUGAGGAAUCCAUCUCUGAAAAUUUGUCACCCAAUACCACUUCUUCAUUGGAAGACCAGGGUGAGGAGGGGGUACCUGAGCCCCAGGAAACGCCUGCAGCUCUUCCUCAGAGUUCUUUGAUAGAGGUUGAACUUGAAGAUGUGCCAUUUGCACAGAACGCGGGACAGAAGAACCAGUCAGAGGAACAGUCUGAAGCAUCUUCUGAGCAACUGGAUCAGUUCACACAGUCAGCGGAAAAAACUGUGGAUAGCAGCUCAGAGGAGAUCGAAGUGGAGGUGCCUGUGGUAGACAGGCGGAAUUUAAGAAGGAAGGCCAAAGGGCAUAAAGGACCUGCUAAGAAGAAAGCGAAGCUGUCAUGAAUUGAGAAGAAAUGCAGACGACAAACCCUCUUCUUUGUAACAUACUUGUUUUUAAAAAAUGAUAAUAAAUGGCAUGGGGCACAGGGCAAAAAUUCUAAAAUUUUACUUUGAACUUAUUUAUGAUUUCCCUCCCCCUUAGGACCUAGGAUUCACCGUUCUUUUUAAUUUUUCAGGCUAUUUUGUGUAAAUACAAUUUUUUAUUUUUAUUAACCAUGUUUCGAUUUUGGGAAACCAGAUCAUACUAUAUUUUCUUUAGCAAUUGGGACACCUGACCAUUAGUAUUUCAGGAAAUACAGACUGAAAGUAGUAGGCUUUCCAUUACCUGUAAGGAUCACAGAAAUCUUUUAUACUGUGGAUUUUAAUAGUAAUCUUGGUGAAGGUUCCAGAAGUUUUACCUUAAAAAGUCAAAACGAAUGAUUUUUUAAAAUGUAGGCAUGUCUAAACAAAAAUGUCAGUAAAUGAAAAUAUACUUCAGCUAUAAAUGAGAGCACAAAUACAGGAGUUUACGGUAAAGGGUUUAUGAUGGUGGUAUUUUGGCCUCUUAAUUCUUAGUUGUGUAGAUGCUGUUUCCUCCUUUGACUUGUGUCUGAGGAAGGGUACAAAAUCUCUUUCCAACUCCGUCUUUAUAACACCUGAUAUUAAUAGUACUGCUAGGGAUUGGACUCUGGCCUGUCGGCACUAAUAUAAUUACAUAAAAUUUCAUUUGAAGCUGGGGACUAUACUUUUGUCUCAUCCAGUUAACAUGUAUACUUCAAAAGCAUGAGAACUCUUCCUAAGGCUUCUCCUUAACUCUGCCACUGCCAUUACACUAGAAUUGUAUAUUAUUCUCAGCUUUCAUUCACUUCCCUAACUCAGAGAGUUAUUCCUACCAAAAGAUCUCCUGCCUGUCUGCCAGCUUAAGCCCUUGGCAUCCACAUCUGGGUAGAUUUGGACCAUGCCCCCACAAUCUUAGAUCCAGAUGGCAAGAAUAAAUCUGCCUAGGGAGCUAUAGUAAAGAGCUUAGAUUAAAUUGGAGGUUUUGAGUGUUGCUCUGGCCUUGCUUACUCUUUAAUUUGUUCUUGAGGACAGGUUACAAGCUAGCCUGUAUACAUUGUGACUAUAGCAAAGGCCUUUGCCUAGAAAAACUUAAAAAAAAUUCUCUUACGUAUUAUGUGUGCUCAGAUUUGCACUUAGUGUGGAGACUGCUUUGAGACCAUUUAGAUUGUUCUUAAAACCGGCUGUUUUUUACAUGAAGGGAAAAAAAAGUUAACUUUCUGCCAUUAUUUGAGGUGCUAAGGACUACGUCGAACGCUUAUCCCAGUCCAGCGUCAGGUGAUGUCAUUAAAUUUUAUUUUGGGAUGUUAUUUUAGAUCUAAUAAGCUGAGUUAAAUGUUUAAGCAGAUAAAACAGCAAAAACCCUGAUAUUGAUGUAAAAUUUUGAAUCCUUGUAUCCCUUACACUUUCCUUAAUUAUAAGUCAGAGGUAAGCCAGAUGACUUCACUCCAAAUGAAAAUUAAAGCACUUUGGCCAUUUGUUUUGUGAACAGAUGCUAAUUAGUUGAAAAAAUAAGUAUGACUGGUACUAGUACUAGGGUAUCUAUCAUGUUUAUGCCGUUUUAUAGAUUUUGUGAGAAACUUUACUACCACAAUUAGGGAAAUUAUAGGAAGAUUUAGUAAAUUCUUAACCUUUCCGUUUUUAAUUUCAUAAAAUAGCUUUAAAAACCUAACACUUAGAUCUUUCACUUUUUUUACUUGGACUGUUCAUUAUUCUUUUUAGAAUACGUUCAUUAAAAGGGUGUAGCUUAAGAAAUUUGAGCUCACUGACAACUCUUGAUAGGUGAAUAUAGAGUUGUUGAGUUCAUAAAGUGUUUAGUUAUUUGUAUAUAAGUGGGGACUAACAGUAUAAACUGACCUUGUUAAACUUGUUUGGUUUAUUCUUAAAUAGCAUUUUAAGCAAUUUGAAAACUUUUUGCUUAGCAUAUGAGAAAACUUUUAUUACAUACUAUCUCUGACAGAGAAUGUUAUUUUGGGAGUUUGUAGAUGGUAGAGACAGUGAGGUCACAUAGAAAAACCUGACUGUCAUGUUUAGUAACAUGUUCAUGUCCAGUAAAUGAGUUCUAUACUCAGUGAGUAUAGACUUUAUAACAAAAUUUAUCCUCAGUAAGGAAUCUAAAUAAAACUACUCAGAUUCUUAGUUUUUGCCAAGGCAUUAGAAAACCUGGAGAAUUACAGAGGACUGAAAUCUGAUUUCAGCCAGCCUCAUUGUUGUCUAGUCACACCCUCUAGUCCUUUGUGGGCUGCUUUUUUGUUUAGUUUUAUUUCUGGAAAAGGAUUUCACCUCAGUUUGUGUAAAUACGUAUAUAUCUCCUUGUGUAAUAUAAAACAUAUAUAUUAGCAAAAUUUUAGUUCUGCUUUCAACUUUAAAUUCUCCAGUUGCUAGACAUCACAGAAAUAUAUUUAAGAAUUUAUUAUAAAGCUCCUCUACAACUUUUAAAGGUGAGGAUCUAUUAUGAUUUUUUUUAUAAAAUCAAAUAGCAUGACAGAAUGUCUUCUACUUAAAACGUCUAUAUUCAUGGUGUUUCCAUUCACUGCAGAAUUAACAUGGCAAGGAUAACAAUUACUGGUGAUUAAUGGUUCACUUUUAGCUGACCACCACAACACUACCUAAAAUCAUUUGACUUUAGAAAAAUAUCUUGAAGGCUUAUGAUUCCAUCAAACCGAGUCUUGACCUAGUAUCUAAAUACCUGCUCUUAAGUACUGCUUUACCCUUAGGGAUUACCUUCUAAGGUUUGGUCACACCAGCAAACUGAUACAGAUCUUAAUGUAAAUAAAGAAUUUAUACUAGUAUUACCCAUCUGUGUAAUAGCAUUUUAGACAUUUCUGCCUUGUAUGUCCACUAGUAGCUGAUCUAGUGUUAGGGUGUUACCCAGUCUUUCAUGGGUGUUCUUAGUUACAAAUGUUAGGCUUCUGUUGGCAAUACUUAGUAUCAAGCUUUCUUUGUCCAACGUAGUUAAUUUGCUUAUUUUGGGUUUUUAAAGCUAGCAGACCUUAGUUCUGUAGUAUUGUGCUUACCUUUAACCUUUUUCCCUCACCUUCCAAAACAUAGUCAUUCACACAUUCCCCAUUUCUAUUAGUGGCAAAUCAAUCAUUAAGAUCUAAUUUUAAGAAAAGUUCAGCUUCUGUUAUCCUGGAGUAAUUAUAUCAUACUGGAUAGUCAUUCCCAAGGAGCUAGGCUUUCUUUUCCUAAGUGUGUAUGUGUUCUAAAACUUCUAUGUUUACAGUACUUAGAAGAGAUGUUAUGUUAUUUAGAAUAGCAAGUCUUACUGAGGUACUCAUGUUUGUUUUCUUGGUAGUUUUUUGUUUUGUUUUGUUUUUUAAUUUUAAUAGUAGUAUGUUUUGUGAUUGUUUCCUGGCCUGUGUUUUGAUAACUGAAUCUGUUUAGACAUUAAAUGAUUUUGUUAAAGGCACAAUUAAUCACAUUGGUUGUACUUUCAAGACAGAAUUUAAAAAAUAAACAACUCAAAACCAUUAA